AUGGCUCAAAACCAACUCAAAACUCAAUACACCGAUCUCAAACGAUCUUUCGAAGCGAAGCCUUCUGACUUGAAGAAAUGCGGCUCCCUUUUGGCUAAGCUGAAGAUUGGCCUGAUUGAGACAGGACUGCUUACACCGCAAGGUGAACACGGCGUUGACGAUUUGGUGGUUGCUCGUGACAUACUAGAAAUCGGGGCCAUCUGGAGUAUUAGAACACGAGACGUCCCUUCCUUCGACCGAUAUUUCUCCCAACUACAAACAUUCUACACCGACUAUAGUUCUGUAUUGCCACCAUCGAAGAACGAAUAUCCUAUACGCGGCCUCAACCUCAUUCGUCUCCUUACCCAAAACCGCAUAGCCGACUUCCACACGACCCUCGAAAGCUUGCCACUACCUGCAGAUGCUAUUGCAGACAACCAGUACAUCAGCCAUCCCGUCAACUUAGAACAGUGGCUGAUGGAGGGGAGUUACAGUAAGGUUUGGAAUGCGAGGGAGAGGGCGCCGGUGGAGGAGUACAAAUUCUUCGUGGAUAGCUUGAUGGGCACGAUCCGCAACGAAAUAGCUAGUUGUGAAGAGGCAGCUUACGAAAGUCUACCGCUCAAGGAUGCCUUGACUCUACUAUUUUUCAAGAACCAAUCCGAGCUACUGAUUUUUGCUCAACAACGGGGCUGGCAGGUAGACCUAUCAAAAUCUCUGAUAACUUUUGCAACAAAGGGCGAAGAGCAAGUUGACAUUCCGAAGCAAAAGUUAAUAUCCUCUGCCUUAGCAUACGCCAGAGAGCUUGAACAAAUUGUUUAG